UUCUCCCGGAACACACUUCGCCGGGCGCGCGUUUGCUUCGUUGCCCAUGUCCUCGUACACGCUCCGGGCGGCUAGCGGCAGCACGGGACUCGGGUUCGCGCUCGGCAGGAGAGGCGGCGGGUGUGCCGCGGCGCUGGGCCUGGUGGUGCCCGCCGCAGCAGGAGCGGCCCGCGGGAGGAGCGUCUCCGCGACGCCGGCGGCCGAGGCGCCCGUGCCCGGGGACCAGGGCGUGGCCAUGGAGCAUCCGAAGCAGCAGCAGCAGCCGAAGUCGAAGGUGCCCCCUCAGGACGCCGGGGGCAAGGGCAAGCGCGACGACAUGCACAAGACCACCGGGGACGUGAUGAGCCACUCGUUCGGGGAGGGGUACUCGACGCGCUCCGACGAGGAGGGGUUCGGCGGCGUGUACGGCGGGAACGACCCGGUGGAGCACCCCGGCACGGAGAUCCACCCCAGCCAUCCCGAGUACGACACGACGCAGGGGUCGGAGGUGAAGGAGAAGGAGAAGGCGCGCCACCUCAAGGACGAGAAGCACGCCACCUAGGCGGCGAGCGACGCACGUCUCGAGCCAGGCUCGUUGCCGACUCGUCGUUUAGUUUAGCUCCGAGUUUGCUGAGAUGUAGUAAAAAUUCUGUAAUCUGUCUUAAGGACCUUUGGUGCUAUAAGUUCUUUCUGCUCUUGUGUAAGAUAAGAACUUGGGGGGUCUUGGAUGGCCUUCCAUGGCAUUAUCUCUGUUCCAUUCUUCUCGUAAUAAGAACACCCGUGACCGAUCCUAAUCAAGGACAGUAGGACA